GACGCCACGCCACGGUAAAAAACAAUACAUUAAUCCGUCAACAUCUAACACACGUUCUUCCGUCUGCUCCUAACACGCAUUCUUCCGUCGACCUUUCCGGAUGCGACGACCGACGACCAUACGGCUGCUGUUAGCCGUCGCGACGAUGCUGUUGUCCGACACGCUGUUGGAGACAGUCGCCGCGGAACGGCAACGGGAUACGACGGACGAAAACGAGGGCGGCGACAACUUUUACGAAUUUGAAGAAAAGAUUCUCCGGGCUUGGUUAGAAAAAUAUAUUGAUAAAUACAAAAAAUAUAACCAGUUACCCACCAGAUCAACAAAUAUACAGCGUAUUGCAAAGAAGAGUGAAACGAACAAUUUUAAAAUGCCUAUGUCAGACCAUGAGCAUGUCGUAGCUUUGUCAAUGUUUCCAUUCCUCGUCAACCCAUUUUAUCAACCAUCAAUUUACUCGCAUUAUAUUCCAUUAACUUAUGAUGCAACAACUCGUCUAAUUCCCGUUGAACAAAUACCGUAUCAAAAAGAAGAAUUCCACCAUCGAUUUUUAGGACCUUUACAAACCCAAUUCCCAAUUGGUUAUAAUAACUUUCAUAAAUUUAUGAGCUCAACGCUAAUAAAUAAUGAGCCUGAAAUUAAAGAAACAAUGAAUGCGCCAAAUUUCAUUCCUCCAAGUAACCAAGAAGUGAUCAAAAAAUAUGACAACGAAUUACAUAUCCCGGAACAAAUAUCAAACCAAAAUCAAGAUGAUUUUAAUCAUACGUCACCGAUAGGACUUGAUCCGGAAGAACCGAAGGUAAUUGAUCAAAAAAAAGUUAACAUAAGUGAACAGCAGAAUUCAAAAAACGAUCGAAAAUUACUUGACCAGAUUGUUGUAGAUAAUCUUCCAAACACAGUAACCGUAGAUCAAAAUCAAGUGAGUGAAUCUCACGAAAUUCAAGAUCUACAACCAACAACUACUACUGAUGAUUCUAACACAUCUAUGACAUUAAAUACAUAUAAUUUAACAGAAACAUAUCAAACUUCUACUGUUCCAUCAUUGAAUAUAUCGAACAAAACGAGUAAAUCUAAAAUAUAUAGCAACUCAAUCUCACAGCUUUUAUUGAACUCUGAUUAUAAUUUAUUAAAGCAUAUUAAUUCAUCAGAUCAUCCUACAACACGAGAGCCAUCUUUUAUGUCGAAUGUCAAACAACUAGAAACUUCGGUUAAAUCGACGUUUUCAUCGACUACUGAUGACAAAAAUCUGGAGGUUACGUUGACCUCCAAAGAAAGAAGCCGACCGGAUGAAUCACAAAAAUUUCAUUAUUAUUCGAAAGACAAAUACAUAACUGGUAUUUUGAAAGCGCCAAUAAUUAACAUUGGAGAAACAUUAACUGAAACAACAAGAACAACACAAAAUACUAAAUUCGUAAAUACGUUUUCUAUGCCACAGUCAACAAGUAAAAUUACACUAUUUUCAAAUCCGUUAUGUGAAAAUAACGAUUGUAAAAUAACUACAUUCUCCCUUAUCAACACACCUCUAGCAAAACUAGAUAAAAACAAUAAAUUAAACAUCGUAAGUGACUUAAAAAAUUAUGAAUCGUUUGAUCAGAAAUUUACAAAAAUUAUAAAUGGACAGCAUAACGUUACGGAUUUAAAUAGUUCGUCAACACGCCCAUCAACAAUACCUAUUAUGAUUUCAGAAACGUCCACGAUGCCUUUCACAAAGACAUAUUCUACUAACAUAUCAACAUCGUCACAGCCGCACCCCAAAUAUUUUUCUUCAACCAUAUCACCACGCACAAAAUAUAUUACCGAUAAAAACAAUAAAAUUCAACCAACAAGUUUACGCUACACUUCAUUAUUGCUCCCAAUGCUUCAACCACUAAAUAUUAACAAUAUCAAAACUUCAGUGUUAGUUGAAACUAAAACAGAACAAACUCCACCCAUCACGACGAAUUCCAAUAAAUGUACAAAUUGCAUUAAACAGAACACAAAUAUGCUAAGACAUCAUGACGAUUCAACUAUAUCAUCUUCGACGUCACCUGAUAUAAAUAUGUAUUCAAAUAAUUACCAAAGUCAAAAAAUCCCAACUGUAACUAAAAAAUUAAAUACGCACAAGGACGACAAUAUUGAUACUUCUUACUUAUCGGUCACUACAGAAGGAACGAAAAGAAGCACAUUUAUACCAACAGUAACGCCAUUAAAACAAUAUAACACUGUUCAAAAAAAAUUACCUUUUAUUACUAUUUCCGAUGAUUCAAAAUUUAGUAAAACAACGUACAACCAAGAAACAUUAAACACUCCACGAUCUAUCGAAGAUUCAGAACUCUGGUACAAUCAAAUGUAUCCCCAAACUCCAUCUAAAAAAGAGCCAAAUGAUGAACAAAUUCAUUAUCUAUUAAAAAAAAUUGUAAAAUUACUCAAACCUGAAAUCGAGAAACAGACUCUCACUAAAGAAAGUGCAGCGAGACUUGUACCCCCAAGACUUGGAGAUCCAGAAAAGUUUGUAUACAUCAUAUAUCCAUGGAUAAUUGACGCGGCGGCUAAAAAUAUGGAAAACGAAAAACAAAUAAAAACUAAUACAAAUAUAUUUAAAACUUCUGACAAACUAAAAUAA